ACCGGUGCAAAACUACGUUAUAAAGAUGAUGCAAACAUCGCUUUAUUUUGAUAUUUUAUUAGUGAAAACCAUUUCAAUCAAAACUUUGUGGUAGACAGUACUUUGGGUAAGAUUAUAUUGGAAAUUUACUUUUUUCCACGAUCGCAUGUUUUUUUGUUUUUUUUGUUUUUUGUUUUUUUUUACAGAAACUGUAAAUUCAUGCUUAAAAUUUUCAAGAUAUCUGCAUGUCUUUGGGUUUUUUUUUUUGGGGGGGGGGGGGUGAAAUAGCUCAUUUAGGCUAGUGUGAGUUGAAGAUCUUUAUGAAAUCCCCCCCCCCCUAAUCAAAAUUAACCCACCCUCAAUGCAUUAAAAAAUCAUACUCUUCUCUUACAUAAUCUGCUUCGUUUACUGAGUCUUAAUAUGGCAACUCAGUACAUGAAAAUGGUGUAGAAACAUCGUAAAUGGCAUUGAUCAGUAUCCUGCUUUGUCGGCACCGUAAUGACGGAUACUCACGUGAUGAAAAUAUGACGUCAGAUAAUUUUGUUUACGCGGAGGAGCGAGUGGCCUAAUUCGAACACUACUGACCCAUCCACGGAAAAAUAGACAACUCGGCAUCGCCUCAUCGUCUAUGGUUUUUAUCAACCAGACAUAUUUUCGUAGACAGUAACAAACCUAUAAUAUGGGUAGAUGUAGUCGUAGGAAUAAUGCUUUUUCAAAAUUUUUAGUAAUGACUUACAUUCAAUCAGCAAAUAUCUAAUACUAAGAUUUGACACAGCUGAGCUACGUAUCAUGUGUUGAGGAAUUAGAUCUAUCAGUUUCAUGAACAAUCUCGAGGGGUAUACAAAAAUUCAUGAGGAAAAUAAUAAGAUAUUAAUUCGGAGCACUUAUUCCGUGUUGGUUGAAAAAAGGAAGCAGACAAAAUCCAGUCCUUGUUCUGAUAUUUUCCUUUUAUUCAUUAUCGUAGCUCAAUAUGCCGACACAACGCCCAGUCACACCACACGGAAAACGAAUGAGGUUACCAUGCCGAUGGUUACAGAGAGCACACCAGCUGUUGAGAAUGAGCCACAAUUUGCACCGUUAGCAGAGAGUGAGGUACAACCCGAGGGCGAGACGAGCCCAGAAAGCGAGGUGCAACCAGAAGGUGAAACGAACCCAGAGAGCGAAUCCCAGAAUGAGACGAGCCCAGAAAGUGAAACUGCACCUGAACCAGAAGUGGAGGCUGAAGUUAGACCGUCUGACGCCGAGAUCGUAUUACCUCCCGUUACCUUGAUAGCUGUCAUAAGCAUUGGAUCCCUGACUCUUUUACUUGUCAGCCGAUCUUCUCGAAAACCUUCCCGUAAUGCAAGAUUAUCUACAACACCGUCACAACAAUUCUUCAGCGACUUUGAUCGAGAGGUGGUCGAUAGUCUAGUUUAUAACACACUAGGGGCAUUAUUUCAAAUUGCUCUCCCCGCACUGCUGUCUCUUGCUUUGUGUCCCUUCACCCUGUAUCUUUACCAACCAUUCACGCGUUUUCUCUGGCCUCCAGAGCAGUACGCCAUACCUCCCAACAUAAAUGACGCAAUUUCCUGCUUCUUGGCGCCAGCUGGACUCGUAUACGCGACGUCAUUUGGUUUCGCCUUUCAACAAGCUUUGACAAAACAGCAUCACAUCAUGAACAAGAUCACCUCCGAGAUCAGCAUGGUGGAUCAGAUCGCGACCUUUGUGGAUAGGAUGAUACUGAGUCCCCCUGAACUAAAGUGCCAGAUCUACAGGGCGGUAAAGUCAGAAGCCAUAUUUAUGAUUCUCCAACUUGUGGAUAGGGAACCAACAUCCUACAAAUGCAACCCGAAGGAGGAUGUAAAGGUGAGAAUAUGGACUAUCAUCGAUAUCCUACGGAAUGCUCCAGCAGAUGCCACGCAUCACGUGAACAGAUUACUGUGUGAAAAGAUCAUAUCGCACAUCUUGAAACUUAACAGCAUAUGUUCCGACAGGAUUGGCGUGCUCCAUUCCAGAAUUCACCCAGUCAAAUGGGCAUUUCUGGAAACUCUCGGUUUCUUCUCAUUUAUUGGAGUGUUGCUACUCCAAGCCUCCUCUUACCGGAUGGAACUGGUCAUGUGCAUCAUCACGGUCUUCUCCAUCAGCAUGCUGUGUUACGUCGUCUCGGACCUGGACUCCCCUUUUAGUGGAUUCUUCCGGGUGGAUCUCUCCGUCAUGUAUGAAAUGCUGAAUAAUCUUGAACGGCGAUACUUGGAAGCAUUGCCAACAAAUUCCAUGAACGAUUCUGAUGUAUGGGUAGUUUCUACACCAUGUUUUACACCAAGAACGAGCGUUACCACAUUCAGCGAAUUCAGCGCGAAUUCAUGA